CGGAGGAUUUCCGGAAAAGCUCAUCCGUGUCAUCCUCCCUUCUGGGAAGUUUUGAUUGUGUGUCUCUUUUCCUGGAUUUUCCUGCAAGAAAAUGGACUGUAGUGUCCUCCCACCAGAACUAACAGCCACCCCUCAGCCACUCGUUGGCUUCUGUGGUCUGGACACAGCUAAGAAUUCCGUACACAAGUCCAUCUGGGAUGCUUUCAAUGCCAACCGGAAGAACGACAGGCUUCAUCUGCAGUUUAAGCUCAUCCCAACAAACUACGAAUUCCCCGUGUCGAAGCCAAAACGACAAUCCUACGAAUGGUACCAUCCAAAGGGGAUUCUCAAGAGGAACUGGAUCCUGAAGCAUCUGCAUAUCCUUCCGGCUGUUGUUGUCACAUUCCACAGCAUCGAAUUGAGUGAUCCAACGUGGGCUGAGAAGCAGCUGCAGUGCACAUCGGCUGUACAGACUCUCCGGAAUUCCCUUCAGGGUCGCCUAAGUCGCCUUGCAAUUGUCCUGAUUCAAUCCGGAUCAUCCGGAAGAGUUCCAGGCGAUGAACUCGCCACCACAGAGCGCAUAAGCAAUCUUGCCUCAGCCUGUGAUGUCAGUCCAAAGAUGAUUUUCGUUCUGAAUCACUCAGAUCACCUCAUGGGGCAUAUUUUGCGCCUCGAGUCGGCUUUUCUUGAUGUCGCCCAGUCGUACUACACGCAAAUUAUAAAGCAAAUAAAAAUGCAUCGGGAUCAGCUGUCGGCAAAUCAUCAAGUCCUCAAGAUACGGCAUCAGUUCAAGCUGGGCUUCAUGUCGGAGAUGCUGCAUGAUUUCACAACAGCCCUGAAGUACUAUACGCAAGCUUACAUGAUCCUCGAGGAUAUCCGGGUGGUUGAUACUAACUGUACGGAAAUUAAGACAGUCGCUGGCUUCCUUAGCUACAAGAGGAGUCGACUUAUGUUCAAGAUGAACGUGCCCAGAGAUGCUAUAACACAAUUCAAUGCCCACAUUGAGCUCUAUAAAGGGAAAACCGGAAGUCGGGAGCUUCUCUUUGAGCACUACGGAUGGCUCUGUGUCCAAUUCAGUUCUUUUGGAGAUUUGUUCUGUGAUGCCAUCAAGGGGGGUUUACCUGCUCUACAGACUCAACAUCCGGGAAUCUAUUACUUUAGAGCAGCUGAAUUUACAGCAAAGAGAAAUGAAGCAUUCCUCAAUUGUUCAAAAAUGACCACAGUGCAGGCAGUGGAUAAGAGCAGCAGCAACCUCCUGUACAGUGACUUCUUUGGCGUUCGUGGCAAUAAAACGGGUGAAAUGGUGAAUGAGCAGAACAUCCUGAACAUCCUGUAUGCCAAUGAGAAGGAAUUUAAUCAUUCCGGAGCAAUUAUCUCCUAUUUGGGUCAAGCUAUGGCUCAAUAUAAGAUCUACAAAUGCCUGAGAUUUCGCAAAAAGUUAGCCGUUAACAUGGCUGAGGAGUACCUGAAGAGUGGUGAUCAUGCAAAAGCCCUCACGCUCUUCUCGCUCAUGCUGAGUGACUAUCGCACGGAUAAGUGGUACAAGAUUUUCACGGAAGUCCUCAUGAAGACUUUCCUAUCGGCCUACUAUUCAGCCUCUGUGCCGGAUUACGUUUCAUGCAGCAUUGAGGCAAUGUCUCCGCGGAUUAUCGCCUCAAAAUCCGACCGGAUAGCUAUUCUGGAGAAUCUGUGGCGGGUUUUUCAAGGGGUUGUUCCCACGUGCAUCCAGCAACCACCCGCGGUGGAUGUCACGCAGGCUUGGGAGCAUGCUCUGGACAAAUUCACAGAGCCUGUUAUUGUGGAUUUGGACAAGAUCAGUGAUCUCUUUGCCUGCGGGGUGUCCUUCGCGGAGAGCCAGGCGAUCUUCGAUGAAGAGAUUACAAUUGAGUUGAAUAUAAAAUCCCUCACGGAGGUUCCGCUGAAGAUCCGGGGAAUUUCCGUUGUGCUCAAUAGCCCAAAGUUGAGUGUUAAGUUGAAAGCUAAGAAGGUCAUUCAGUUUACACCAACUUCCAAUGAGGCUGGAGAGGAGCUAAAAGACCCGGAAUUGAUGGUUGUCCCCGAAGCCGCGUACAGAGCUCUCUUCUCUGUGGAUUCACGACAAUUCACGGAGAAUGAUAAGCUCACAAUUGGAAGGGUUGAACUACAAAUUGGCACAGAGAGGAGAUUUGCAGUUCUCCUCAAGUCAACAACUCUAAAUCAGCAGCAGAUUUUCAAGGAUAAAUCAUCCAGCUGUGAUGCAUCCAAGGCUACCAAUACGAGCUGUUACAUUGUUCCAACGUACCAAAUGGCAGCACAGGUGAAUUUGAGCGAUGAACCAAUGUUAAUGAAUGAAUUCUAUCGCGUUGUCAUUAAUCUUUACAACAAUUUCGAUUCGUGCCUCGACAAUGUUGGGCUCUCUGUGACUGUUCCGCUUCAUUUGAGGAACAAAGUUUUCCUCGCAACGGACAUUACGGAGCCACGUAAGACACUCUACUCAACAAUUCAAAUUGAUGUUGGGGCCAAAGCAUUGCAGUCAUCAACGUCCCUCGUGUACUACGUGAUAAGUCUCGUACGGGGCAAUAUAGAGUUGACCCAGAAGAUGUGGUACCAAAUCACGUCUAUGGCGUCAAUUGUGAGGGAACCCACGGGGUAUUCAGGGGAGAAAUUUGUACCCUUUGACACGGAAUCGCCCACACAUCAAAAGAAUGUGGAGAAGAGCAAUGAUGGUGGGGUGAAUCACAACAUAAAAAUCGAAUAUGAAGAGAAUUGUGUGCGAAAGACCAAGGAGGACACGAUAAUGAUUCCAUGUCAGGAUGAAAUCCAACUCACGGCCACUUUCUACACUCUCAACCGAAAAGUCCUCUUCAAGGCGUACCAAGAUGAGGAUUUUAUCCUUCGGAUUCAAAUGGAAGUGAAGGCAACGUGCGACAUUGAUAUUCUCGACGCGACUCUCCACAUUGCGGACAAUAUUAAAAUAAGGGAUUCAGUUAAAUACCCCAAAAUUAGUGGGAAAUCCCUCAAAUGCGGUGCUCGUCUCGAGGAUUCAAGGAUAAUUUCGGUGCAGAACAAAAAGGACGAUUUGGCAAUACUUAUGCGGUACAUGAACAUUAAUCAUUCCUCGGUAACAAAUCCCACGAAGGAUGAACGAUUCAAGAGUGCAAUUCCAGUUGCAAAGGAAAAUCCGGCAAGCCAAGUAAUGGCGACAACCAUUAAAUCCAUCUACGGCAAAACCAUGGAGCCGCGAGUUCAAGACAAAGAUGUGGCAAAUGAGGCAGGAAGUGAAGCAAUGGGGGUGUACGUUGUUAGGUGGAGGCGCACCAAUACGACAACGGUGAAUGAAUCGAAAUUCAGCAUCAGUGGAUUGGAAGUCAUUGAACCAAAGCUAAACAUUUACUGUUUCAUACUGGAGAAGGUGUAUGUUCGUGUUCCAUUUGAAUUGAGGAUACAAGUGAAGAAUCCAGGAAGUAAAAUUCUCAACUUACAGGCAACGCUCGACAAUUCCGACAGUUUUAUGUUCUCCGGACAUCGUCAGCUCAAUGUCUCAAUUUUUUCAUAUGCCACUCACGAUUUAAUUUUCAUCCUGUAUCCACUGAAAUCGGGCUGGCAAUCAAUUCCUCAAUUAUUUUUGAAGUACCUUUCGGGUGGGAGUGACGGCGCCAAGGAGGAAAUUACUCAGUCAGAACUCAAUCUCUAUGUACAGCGAUGGAUGCCGAAACGAGUGUUUGUCCAUCCACCCCAUCGUGUUGCGGAAUAGAGGGUGUGAAGGGUUUAUUUUUCCGGGGGAGCCUCAGCAGCACUGAGUUUCCCGGGGAAUAUUGCAAAUCCCCUGCGAAUCCACACACAUGAGGAUGAUUGCGAGACAGCGAUACGCCGGGAGAAGCUUUUAUCGUUUUGCUUAAAUACACAGACCUUUUCCCUCUUACGAGCCA